AUGCAUCAUGAUUUCGUAUACAUGGGAAUGAUGUUUGGACAUGUGGUGAACCAAGUGAUAGAAUUUUUAAGAGAAUAUCCAUUUCAAUUUGUAAUAAUCUUCAUGCAAGAGGAGUAUGUUAGUGAGGCUAGUACAAUGACAGAAUGUGAAAUUCUUGAAAACAUAUAUAUUAAGAGGCUCGGUAAUCUGUUUUUUCAAUCUUGGUCAGUAAAAGGUACUAUCGAAAAACAUCAUGGUAAAAUUUUGUUGGGUCGCGGAAAUAGAAGUUUUGGAAAAUGUACGAUAAAUUUGGCUUGCGAACAGCAAAAUAAAUGGAAAAUCACACCCAGUUUUACACGAUCUGAGAUGGAAUGCUAUAGCUUCUUUUCAAAAUGA